AUGAACAACGCGGUGUUCGGUAAAACCAUGGAGAAUGUGCGCAAUCACGUCGACGUAAAAUUAUUAACGAAAUGGGACGGUCGUUACGGUGCAGAAGCAAUGAUCGCGAAACCGAAUUUUCAUAACCGUAGCGUCUUUGCGGAGAAUCUAAUCGCCGUCGAACUGCGCAAACUUGAGGUGAAGUUCAACAAGCCGAUUUAUCGGUACGGCCCACGCGUACUUGCUCAACACAUCGAUGACGGUGAGUAUGUAGUGACAACUUCUGUUGUAACCCGAGUACGGACGUAUCUCAACGAUAUCAGCCUGCCACAGAUCGUCGUAUCCCCGGACUAUGACGCGCCUUCACGGAAAAUUUCUUCUCGCCGGAGUGUGCAAUUCCUCGACGAGCCGACGUCUCUCGGAGCUAACUUUUCUCUUUUCAUCGGAUCUCUUUUUCAUGAUUCGAUGCUUAAUACGCAGAAUACAAGAAAAAAAAUGUUUUCUCGCUGA